AUGAGGAAGCUGAGCGUGAUAAACGAGACGGUCUGUAACGUGGCCCACUUAGCGAAGGCGAACAGGAGGAAGCUAUCCUCUCUCGUAAUAACCUCUUUGCCAUCUGCCUUGACGAACAAGCGCAGCCUGUGCUAUGUACGGGGCAGAAGGAACCUCACAGAAAGUCCCAUCCCCUGUGAUAGAGGAAAGAAAACGACGUUUUCAAACAAAUCCAGUGUCGUUCUCAUGAUGGCCCUCUUUUCCGCACCAAGCUUGCUGUACACGAAGAGGAAGAAAGAUAUGAUGAACGGAGACAAUUUGACCAACUGCGAAGGACUCGAAAAAGUACACUUAGCAAAAAAAGACCAACUGAAAAAUGGAGAAAUGAAAGAAAUAAGAAUACGUGGAGAGAAGGAUACCGUCUUGUUGGUGCACGUGAAUGAUAAGUAUUACUGUAUGGGCCCAAAGUGUCCACACUAUAGUGCGCCAUUGAAGACAGGAGUGUUGACGAAGGAUUAUGUGACUUGUCCAUGGCACGAUGCGAAAUUCGAUUUGAAAACAGGAGAGUGUAUUAACGGUCCUUCCUUCGAUGACAUCCCAAGGUAUGAGGUCGUUGUGGAGGGGAAUGAUAUUUAUGCUUACUUACCGGAGAAGAUGGAAUUAUUUCAGAAAAAAAAAGCAUGUCCAUGUUCAGGCAAAUGUGAGAAGAAGACGAUACUGAUAGUGGGGGGUGGAGCGGCAACCUUGGGAGCACUGGAAACCUUCUUACAGAUGGGUUACACGGGCAGGUUAAUCGUAUGCAGUAAGGACUCGUACAAGCCGUAUGACCGCCCUAAGCUGUCAAAGAACAUUUCUAAUUACGACUCGGUGGAGGAGCUGUACGAGGGGAUUAAACUGAAAGAGGACGAGUACUACCAACGGGGUAAUAUCAGCUACAUCCACAAUGUGUCCGUGGAGAGAGUGGACGUGGAGGGCAGGAAGGCGCACCUGAGCAAUGGGGAGGUGAUUCAGUACGACAAGAUGCUGGUGACCACGGGGGUCCGCCCCUCCCCCUCGCCGCUGGGGGGAGGCGGCGUAGGUAGCGGCGGGAUUGGCAGCGACGUGGAGGCGGAGAACCUGCUGACGCUGCAGAGCCUACAGGAUCACAUGAAGAUAGCCUCAUACGCGAAGGAGGGCAGCAGGUGCGCCAUCAUCGGCUCGUCUUUCAUCGCCUGCGAACUCUCCUCCGCUCUGAAAAAAAAAAACGUGAACAUAACGAUGGUGUCAAAAGACAUCGUCCCGUUUUACACCGCCUUUGGAGACAAAAUCGGAUCUGUUGUGCUGGACAUUUUAAAGGACCAAAAAGUUACGUUUUAUGGAGGGGUCCACCCAACAGAAUAUAUCUUUGACAGAGGAGGGGGACGAUUUCUAAAGAGAGUGAAGUCAAUACAUGGGGUCAGGUUGAGCAAUGGAGAGGUGAUCAGCUGUGAUUACGUGGUGGAGGCCUUAGGUUGUCUGCCCAAUUCGCACUUCCUCGACGACCGAUUUAAAAAUGAGAAGAAGCAGAUUAUUGUGGAUAAGCAUUUUCGAGUGAAGGACUCGCUAGACAUGUUUGCUGCGGGGGAUGUCUGCUCGUUUCCCUACUUCGUCACAGGGGAGAUGGUAAAUGUGUGUCACUGGAAUGUAGCCAUACAGCAGGGACGAAUCGCGGCACAUAACAUGCUCAGUGACGACAAGAAGGAGUUCAAUUUUAUACCUUUCUUCAAUACAAACAUAUUUGGGAAGAAUUUUCGCUACUCUGGAUUUGUCAGGGAUGCGGAGAAGGUCAUAUACGAGGGGGACCUGCGCAAGCACAACUUUGUGGCCUACUUUGCUAAGAAGGACAAGGUGUUUUCCAUCCUGACUCUGGGGAAUGCAAAGAUGGCUGCCCUGAAUGAGUGCCUCUCGAAGGGCAGGGUGGCCAAAGUGUACGAGCUGGAGGGCGGCCUCCAGAACAGCGACAGCAUGAUCGCCUCGAUGCGGGAAUGGGUUGAAGCGGGGAGCGGUUAA